AUGGCAGAGAAUGCUUCCGAACUACUUGCAAAGGCCACCGUCCUGUUACAAACAGGACAGGCCGAUGCUGCACUUCCUCUAGCUCAGCGCGUACUCGAAAUCUCCGAAGAGAACUCUCCGAAUACGUUAUCGGCGAUUAAUCUCGUCGCAGAGAUAUAUGUCGAGCUCGGCGAAAUCGAUGAUGCCCGGCAAACCUUUUUACAUGCAGUACAACUCGAUCCUGAGGGGACAAUACCUGAGUCGCAAGGUGGCGGAGCAGAAAAAUUCAUGUGGCUCGCACAGUUGAGCGAACAAGGCGGUGCGGACAGUGUAGCCUGGUAUGAGAAAGGCGUUGGCGCCCUGAGGCAUAUUAUUCAGUCACUUGAACAAGAAGGGGGGUCCGAAAAUGCGGCAUUGCUUGAAGAGAAAAAGAAGAAAUUGGCAGUUGCUCUAUGUGGCGUGGUGGAGUUAUAUAUGACUGAUCUGUCAUGGGAGGAGGACGCCGAGAGCAGAUGCGAAACCCUCAUCACCGAAGCCCUUCUGGUCGCACCCGAUCAACCAGAUUGCUUACAGACUUUAGCCUCCGUCAGGAUAUCUCAAACGCGAGUAGACGAUGCUCGAGCAGCUCUCGCUCGGAGUCUGGAGCUCUGGCAAGACUUAGCGCCUGAAGACCCGAAGAUUCCUGAUUUUCCCUCACGCAUCAGUCUUUCUCGUCUUCUUAUGGAAGUCCAAAUGGAGGUCCAGGCGCUUCAGGUGUUGGAAAGACUAAUCCUGGAGGAUGACGAGAGUAUCGAAGCUUGGUAUUUAGGCGGGUGGUGUCUAUACUUGCUGGCAGGGGAGGAGAAGGAGAAGGAUUCGUCCGAGGAGAAACGGCAUGAGUCCAUGGUUGCCAGUCGAGAAUGGCUAAAACAAGGCUUAAAGCUCUACCAGAAGCUCGAAUAUGAAGAUGACAGGCUCAGAGAUCACGCACUUGAACUUGUCCACGAAUUGAAUAAAGAACUUGGUGAAGAUAUGGAUGACGAUAGUGAUGCAGAGCCUGCUUUUCCAGGCGGCGAUGAAGAAGAAGACUGGGAUGGAGAGAUCGAGGCUCUUUCUGACGCUGAGGAUGAGGAUGAUGAGGACCAUGAAAUGAAGGAUUCAUAA